AGUGUACUUCUGUUUCACAAAGGUAUAUUAAGGUAAAUACGAUGGGGACUUGAAAAUUACUGCACAGGAGGCAAGCUCCUCCCCCAGUCUCCCCUGCAUCAGGACCAUCACUCGCAUCCUUAGAGCAUCAACACGCCACAGCACAUUCUCUGCAUCCAGAAGACUCCUACUCCAUCCUGAUACAGCAGGCUUGAAGCUUUGAGAUUAUAGUAAUGGAGAGCUUGCUGGAUAACCCAAUGAAAGCCGUGCUUUAUCUCAAAGAACUGACCACAAUUGUACAAAACCAGCAGAGUCUGAUUCAAACCCAGCGGCAGCGGAUCGACGAGCUGGAGAGGAAGGUUGAGGAUCUGAUCGGCGAGAACCGUCAGCUGAGAGAUCCGCAUCAAUAUCACCACCAUCAUCCGCACCACCAUCACCACCCAUCCCCGCGGACCAGCAGCCCUCAGCCGUCCGCUCACCCGCACCAGCACCCGGCGACUCACGGUCAAAGCCAGCCGCAGCAGCAUCCGUCCAAACAGCCGCAGCAUCCGCCGGCAGCUCCCAUCCAUCACCCGCAGCAUCUGCAACUCGUACCUACGUCCCCACCGACUCUCAAAGCGAGCCAGUCCAGCCCGGAGUCCGCGGAGGACGAGAAGAGGAGCCCGUCUUGCAAGUCUCUUGUUCCGCAGACUCCUUCGACAUUGUGCCGGUCCGUUGGGCUUGCCAGGAAACCGGAGAACCAGACGGUUCUACACCAGUUCUGCUGUCCUGCUCCAGACGCCCCUGAGUCGGACACUCAGGCCUGUGUACCCAGUGAAGAGCCACCCCCUCCUUCUCCCAUUGCAACACCAUCACCUGCUGCAUCGCCAUCACCUGGGGUGACUUCCACCAGUGCCGCCCAGCCCGAGGUCCAGGUAGCACCUCAGGUUGCAGAGAGCACCGUGACAUCUGUCGAUUCAGGAGGGGAAGAUGGGGAUCGAGAUGGAGGUGAAGUGCAAGAAAGAGAGAGUGCAGAAGUGGAGAAGGAGGAGGUGAGAGUACAAGAGAUUGAACAGGAGGAAGAAAAACCCCAGGCUCAACCGCCACAACCAGUGCAGGAAGAGGUGAAGAAGGAGACAGAGGAGCAGGAAAAGGAAACAGCAAGUACGGGAGGCACAGGAAGGAGGCCAAGCUUGCAUCACACUGCUUCGCCAAUCAGAGUACAGAGGAAUGGAGCAUGCAGCCACUCCACCACCUCCGACUAUGAACUCUCGCUCGACCUCAAAAACAAGCAGAUCGAAAUGUUAGAGCACAAAUAUGGGGGCCACCUCAUCUCACGCCGUGCUGCUUGCAAGAUCCAGACGGCCUUUCGCCAGUAUCAGCUCAGCAAAAACUUUGAGAAGAUCAGAAACUCCCUCCUCGAAAGUCGUUUGCCACGCCGUAUCUCCCUGCGAAAAGUGCGGGUGCAAAAUACAGAGGGUAUCUCAGCUGAACGGGCACUGGCUGAAGGCUGCAAUCUGGCAAGUAUCCCCCUUGUCCGGUCCCCAUCCCUGCCUACCACGGUUGGUGGCUCCCUCACCGACCUCGAAGAUUCCUUCAAUGAGCAAGUCCAGUCUCUUGCCAAAUCCAUUGAUGAUGCACUUAGCAACUGGAGCAUGAAGACCAUGUGUUCACUCCAAGAAGGUGGCACCUACCAGUUUAACUCAGAGGCCUUUAGUACAGCUGGUGGCAAAUCUGGGUUGGCAGGCACAGUCCAAGAAGGUGGCCCCAUGGACCCUGCCACAUUCCAUAGCGGAACAGGCCAAGUAGACAAUUCUGAGAACGUGGCCCGGAGUGCCAGCAAGCUGAUGAUGGCCUUCCGGGAUGUGACAGUUCAAAUUGACAGCAAGAACUUUCACGUGUCCUCUUCCGUUAUGGAGUCCUCCACCUCUGUUUCUCUCGGUAAUUGUGUCCAGCAGGGGGCCAUAAUUACUGAGAGCCCACAGCAACCUCCGGUCAGUGAUGCAAAGGAACAACCUCAACAAGGACAACCACCACCAUUUCCACAGGAUCCAGCUCCUCCUCCCCUAGAGCAGGAUGCUGAGGAAAUACCUGAUGGCGACUUCCCAGCUCCUCCACCAAGUGAGGAGGAGCUUGUGGAGGAUCUUCCACCUCUGGUGCUGGAGAAACAGGAAGUUCCAGAACCAGCAAUUCCGGCAGAGACAGCAAUAACCUCUGAAACCUUGUCUCCACCAGAGGUUGCAGAGACGCCAGUCACCCCAGUUGUAGAGGUUUUGGAAGCUAAGCGAAUUGAGUCAGACACAGCGGACAACAGCUCAGAGCAGAUGAGUAGCAGCAGUACAUCCACAUCAGCCCAGUCGGCUUCUGAGGUCUCGUCCAAAGAGGCUUUACAGGCCAUGAUACUUAGCUUGCCCCGAUACCACUGCGAAAACCCAACCAGUUGCAAAUCUCCUACCCUCUCUACUGACGUCAUGCGAAAACGCCUAUAUCGUAUUGGCCUCAACCUCUUCAACAUAAAUCCAGACAAGGGCCUCCAGUUUCUCAUCUCUCGUGGGUUCAUUCCGGAUACGCCUAUAGGUGUGGCACACUUCCUGCUCCAGAGGAAGGGGCUGAGCCGACAGAUGAUCGGCGAGUUUCUUGGCAACAGCAAGAAGCCGUUUAACAGAGAUGUGUUAGACUGUGUGGUGGAUGAGAUGGAUUUCUCGGGGAUGGAGUUGGAUGAGGCUCUGAGGAAGUUUCAGGCUCAUAUCCGUGUGCAAGGCGAAGCGCAGAAAGUGGAGAGACUGAUAGAGGCAUUCAGCCAGCGUUACUGUAUGUGUAACCCAGACGUGGUGCAGCAGUUCCACAAUCCUGACACAAUCUUCAUCCUUGCAUUUGCCAUCAUCCUCCUCAACACGGACAUGUACAGUCCCAACAUCAAACCCGAUCGUAAAAUGAUGCUGGAAGACUUCAUCCGCAACCUAAGAGGGGUUGAUGAUGGUGCAGAUAUUCCACGAGAUAUGGUAGUGGGAAUAUAUGAGCGUAUUCAGCUGAGGGAAUUACGAUCGAAUGAAGACCAUGUCACUUAUGUCACCAAGGUGGAGCAAAGCAUUGUGGGAAUGAAAUCGGUUCUGUCAGUGCCUCACAGGAGACUGGUGUGCUGCAGUCGGCUGUUUGAAGUGACUGACAUCAACAAAGCCCAGAAGCAAGCUGCUCACCAGAGAGAGGUCUUCCUCUUCAACGACCUACUUGUGAUUUUGAAAUUGUGUCCAAAGAAGAAGAGUUCAGCUGCAUACACUUUUUGCAAGGCCAUGGGGCUGCUGGGCAUGCAGUUCCACCUGUUUGAAAGCGAAUACUAUCCUCAUGCCAUCACUAUUGUGUCUCCGUGUUCGGGCUCUGAUAAGAAGCAGGUGUUGAAUUUUUGUGCUCAGAGCGCAGAGGAGCUGCUCAAGUUCGUAGAGGACCUGAAGGAGUCCAUCGCCGAGGUGUCAGAGAUGGAACAGAUACGUAUUGAAUGGGAGUUGGAGAAACAACAGGGAGCCAAAACUCACUCUAUCAAGAACAACGGGACUCAGCUUGAGUUGAGGGGAAGACAAGGUUCUCCUUCAGGAAAACAGGAAAUGAACACAUCACAGAGCGGACACAAUGCAGUAGAGGUGUCAAUUCACAACAGGCUUCAGACGUACCAGCUCAACGCAGCACCACCGAGCCCUGAGAGCACCGCCCUUCUCAACCACCAGAGGGAGCUCUUCCAGCAGCCUCCGUUGCAACGUGCCAGCCCCACACCCUCACACUCCUACCAGCCCGUGGCCCUGGCCGAGAUACGACCCGACACGCUCAUCCAGUGCCAGCAAAUCGUCAAGGUCAUCGUCUUGGACAAAGGCGGUCACGGACGCAUGGAGGCGUUCCUCAGCCAGAGCCCCACUCAUCACCAGCUCAUUCAGUCUGUCGUCUCCACACCAGUGCGCUCACCCGAUGGCGGAGGCAACCAGGGGGGAAACAACGACGGUUCACAACCGCCCUUGCCUCCACCUCCACCACCGUAUAACCAUCCUCACCAGUAUAUACCCCCAGAUCCCCGCCUUGCACUGCAGAGGACCCCAAGUGGCUCUCGUAGCCUGAUGUAGAGUUCAAACCGAUAACUAUAAAACACUCCAGGCGCACUUUUGACAGUAUUUAUCUACAUAUGUAUAUAUAUAUAUGAAAGAAAUAUAAUGAAAAAAAUGCUAUCUAUAUGCAUAUAUUUAAGGUAAGAGACAUUUAUUGACUUUGCAGAUGUGUGAAACAACCAAUAAGAAAAUACGAUUUACCUAAUUGCUGUGUAUUUUGAAACGUUAUGUAGUUUUAACAAAUUUCUAUAACAGUUUUCGUCUUUCUGGAGACUAUCUGAGGUUAUAUCGUUGAGUACUUGUUCUUGACAGGAUUUCUCUGGUGCAUUUUGUUAUAGACAAAAUGAUUUCACGAAAAAAUGUGGCACCCGACAACAUUCGUUUCAAUUCCACCGACACUUGCUUUUGUGUGGGAGCUGGUUUUACGUGUAAAAUCACACUUUUUGGCUUUUAUUAUCCCACUGAUGAGUCUAUUUAGUGUGUGUGUAUGCUUUUGACUGGAAAAUGAUAUACGUGCCAAAAUGAGGACUCCCUCCACCGUGGACUUUUUGCACUGUUGAACGCUUAGGGCUAGAGCAAACAUUUGUGCUUAUAUUAACGAUCAUUUAGAUUCCCUCUAGGUACACAGACAUUUAAAAAACAACAACUUUUAAGCGGUACCAUUAGCCACAAACUGUUUCUUCCCCCACUUCUUAUGUGGCCGAUGUUGUAUUCCUGUGAAAUGUGAAUUAAUUCCUAAUUAUCACCUGUCUUUGAAAAUGUCUUUUAUGUCACUCCUUUUAAUGGAUAUAUGUGCGUAAAUUGAGAAUGUAGAAAGUAUUAAGGCUCUUUCACAUGACUCACGUCAACAUUCCCCAAUGUGUUGGUGCACAGGUCAAAUGUUACAACAUGACUCUCAAAAUUAAGAUGAUUUCAACUUUGACCUCAUUUGCUGCUGAUCUUUUUAAAUAUAACUAGCGAUUACCAGACAAUUUGCAUGACUUAUCUCCAUGUGAGCAGUGCCAAUGCAAAAAAAAUAAAUAAAACAAGACAGAUGAGAAAUAUUGUACAAGACAACAUCAAAAAGGCAUAUCUUGACAUUUUGGUGUGGGGGGCUGGGGGGGUUCGGGCACGACAUGUUACGUGUCAAUCUAAAUCAUUACUUAUUUGCAUGUGCUUUCUUUAUUGUUUCAGUACCUUAGCAUAAACAUUGCCAAAUAACAGUAUCAAACACUUUUUUUAAUGCCACAAUCCCAGCGGACUUGCUUCAGUACAUCAUUGCAUUUCCACAGUGAUUCGGUGGACUAAAUUGACUCCAGUUGACUGAUUAAGUAUGAAUGGCCAGUUAUGACACUCUUCACUAUGGUUUAAUCAUCGUUAUGGCUAAAUUAUGGUUUCCUUGAUCUCUAAAAAUGUACAAUUGCAAGAAAAUAGUAUGAACUUAAUGGAAAUUACUCACAAGCAUCACUUGGAUAGAAGUGACGGAAAUAAUUGCAUUAAUUGUGAUGCACAUGGCACUAUAUCAGCUCAUACAGUAUAGUGUGCAUUUAAACUGUAUUUUGGGUGGUUAGUGAAUGAGACAGGUUUUUGUGCUGAAUUGUUAGUGUUGUGCUAACUGUGUAGUGAAAUUGCUGAAAUGCCAGCAGUCUUUCUAUGAUGUAGCAAUGCAAACAGUGGGACUUUUAUCCUGUUUAAAGCUCAAAUAUGUGUUACCUCUUCCGUUGGAUUUCACUAAGUUCACUAUUUACUACCUAGUAACCUCUUAAAUUUGCUUUUGUCUUUGAAGGUCAAAGUUCAUAGAAGGUUGUGUUAAAACCCUGACAUGAGUCAUGUGAAAGGACCUUUAAUAUGUGGCAACGUAUCAUGGCUCAAUGACGGAAAAAAGAGCCAGUCACAGCCAGCGAAUGGCUAUUGUUCUCACGCUCAGGAAUUUCAGAGAGUACCUGAAAGAAGACUGAGAUCUUUUAAUGCUUGUACUUGAACUUUAUGUAGCAACUUGGAACGUAUAAGGCCCUUGUGAAAAGGCCAUUUGAUCCCAGCAACCAUCUUUGGACACAAUCUGUGUUUGUCUGACAUUCUGUGAAAGAUGACAGAAUGCUUCAUCACAUGACUCAGACAAUAUAACAUGGUCUCAUAGUGUUAUUCCUUCAUCAAUACUCACAACUAUAUAAAACGCCCAAGAAACACCCUUCAGCACCAUCAAACUAUCUCUGCCGUUUGACUCCUAAAACUCUUGUCUGAAGCUUUUCGAGAGCCAAGUGACACUUGAAACAUCAGCUGAGAUGUACAUUGUUGGCACAAAACACUUUAACCUGAAUGUUUGUCUGGUUUGGUCUGAUUUUAUCAGCUGAAUGGAAAACUGAUCAAUGGUUUAUUUUUGUUUUGCUUGUAUGUAGCUAUCAUAUAUCAGCAUAUAAAGCAGCAAUGAAUUAGCUCUGAAAAAUGUUAACUACCCACAAUCCGACCAUUUUUAAUAACAGUUGUCAUCAACAUAAUUAAAGUCAACAUGAAACAUAAAUCACCACCUAUUUUGCAUCCACAAUAUAAUGUGUUAAGUAUGUGUAAAGUGAUACCUAAUAUUUAAUGAAAAAUCUGGGACUAAAUAUUUGAAAGUGGAUGGAGUAAUGGAGCCAGACAUAAAUUCGGCUUUACCAGCAAUCCAAGGGACGUGGAGGCCAAAGAUGAAAUUCACCCUCGAGAGCAAAUAUGACAUUGCCAAAAAAGCUAUUUGGCUAUUGCCCCUCACAGCCAUGGUAAUAUUACCUGGGAAAAAGAAAGUCAUUUCAGCGGCACAAAUGCCAGGAAUGUGUAUUAAUUUGAUUUCAUGUUGACUUUAAGCUGUAGGAUUUAUCGUAACACUAUUGGCGUGUCCUAUUUCCUCUGUUUUCUUAUAUGAUUGUUUCAUAAUUAUAUCGCUGCUGUUUGGAGCUCCCAAUCUGAUCUUCGUUUCCUCUUCUCAUUGUGUGUUUAUUUCCAUUUAUGGUGAUAAUUUUAGGAUGACGGACACCAGGUGCUUCAUAUAUAUUGGUGAGAAUCUCAACACAUGAGUCGAUUGGACAUCCUGGACAUCAACAAAUUGAAUAUCCCUCUCUUCUUAAAAUCUGCUCCAAAAAAAAAAGAAAAAAAAGUGAACUGCCCAGCCCUUUUCAAUGAAUGAAUAUUGCAUAUUUUUGUUUCCAUACAUUUAAGUUAAAGGAAUAUUUGGAAUUCUGUCAUUAUUUAAUCUUCUUUAUAUCAAAGCCUCAUGUUGUGUCAUAGGACAAAAUCAAAUAAAAUAUAUGUCACAGAAUUACCACUUAAUAUCUCACAAUAAUUGUUACUUUAUAAUUAUUCAUCAACCCAGGCUAAUAGGAAAAAUGUGCAUGUGACAACAUUUCUAAAAAACGUUAUUAGGUUGCUUCUUUAAUGUUUCAUGUCACUUCAAAAGUACAACGUCCAGCACAUUCAUUUUUCUCCAAAACAGAUUAACAUGAAAUGUCCAGUGAGUGGUGCUAAAAUGUUAAUACUCUGUCGCAUUUGAAAAUAACAUAUUGUACUACCUACACUGAACCCUAUACUCAAAAUCUGAUAGUGUUCAAAAAUAAGAUAAAAAUGCUUUUUCAGAAGCAACCAAGCCAAUUUAGCUUACUCCUACUAGUCUUUGAGCUCUUUUAUCAACAAUCAUGACUUGUGUUUAACAUAGUAUAGAAAACGCCCAAAAACCACACAAAAAUUAGUCUACUUCCAUGAUCUUCCUCUGUAAUAAGUUUUGUGAAAAGGAAUAAAAGUUAUUGGUUUUAUACAGCCACUAGUUUCAUUUUAGCUGGAAACUCUGGUGAAUUGUAUUGUAGACGAACAUUUUUCCAAUGAGCUUGUGUUGGUUUUUACAGAUGUCACUACUGUAUCAGAAAAAGCAUAGUGAAUAUUCUUCAAAAAAUAUCUCCUGCAUACAAAAUAAUAUCAUACAAGAUAUGAGGGUGUGUAAAUAAUGACAGAAUCCUGUAAAGAUCCAGCCUUUGAGUAACAGACAGUCACAUAGAUCUAUCAUUCUCCUUUAUCAAACAUUUCAACAGUAGCUUAGUCUGGAAAAUAAAUAUAGGUGAAUUGCACAACCAGCUCUAAAAAUGGUGAAAGAAUCAGCACCAGUUUCCUUUCUAUGAAAUACUGAGUGACAUGAGUUCACUCUUUGUCUUUUUCUUUUCGUAGCCCUGCAUUUGGCCCCUGAGGGAGUUGGCGUGGAGGUGAUGGAAACAGGGAGCCAGAUGAAUUGUGCAUGACCCUGGUUUUGAGGAGUUUAUUAUGCUUGAGCGAAUGUGCCCUGGCUAGCAAAUAAGAUGUGAUCUAACCCAACAGAUGAGUGUUGAAUUUAAGCCCUUUACACAACCAAAGGCUACGAUGCUAACGCUAACCUUGGUUUAGCCUGUAGAAGGGCUAUUGCACUGGUGAGUUAUGCUGCCUUCAAGUCCUGUAAGAAUGAUGGCAUUUAUGAAAUGAGUGCAAAUGAACAGCACCACAAUAUUGUAAUCAUCUGUUGAUUGUAUGGUUACAUUUUAUUUUACAGUAUGUGCACUUACAUGUACUUACAAUGCACUUACAGUGUACCUACCUAAGAUAACUACAUGGGGUAGGGUUAGGUUUAGGGGUAGGUUCAGAGUUAGUACCUAGAUAUUACCUAGUUAUUGUAAUCAUUAUAAGAAGUUCAUAGUGUGUACAUGAGGCACAGUACUGUAAAAUAAAGUGCUACCAAUUGUAAAUUA